AUGUCAAAAAUAAUUAAUUAUUCUUUUUUAAAUUUUUAUUUAAUUUUUGUUCAAUUUACUUUAAUAAAAUGUGAAAUAAAUUCAACACAACUAACAAAAUCUUCAACAGAAAAUAAAGAAAAUGAUACAAAAACGCCCCGAGAAGCAACAAAUGAAUUACCAAAUCCUGGGGAAAUUGCGGAUCCUUCUUUAGUCCCCGUUCAUCUCGAAAAGCCAGAAUAUCGUCCAGUUGCAGCAAGUAAUCCUAUGCCCGUAGUUACUGAAAAUCCAAAAGAAGAAUCCACAAGUAUAUCUACAACAAUAAUUAAUUUAGGGGAAGGGGAAAAAGAAGAAAAUAAAAUAAUUGAAGAAAUAAUUACUACAACUACAACAACACCUAGUGAAGGAGAACAUACAGAAAUAAUAACACUUAAACCUAAAGAGGAACAAAAAGAAGCUGGAAAGGAAGAAGAAACAACAGAAGAACCAAAAUCUGAGAAAAAAGAGGGAGAAGAAAAAGAAGGAGGGGAAACCUCUCCUCCCCCAGAUACUUCAACUACACCAACAACAGAUAUAGUAGAAACAACUAAUUUGGAAGAACAAAAUAAUUUAGAUGAAGAAGAAUUAAUCAAAUUAAUGACAGAAGCUUUAAAACGUUCAAAUUUAGCAAUUCAAAAUGUUACUUUAAUUUUACCUGGGGAUACUAAUCCAACAUUAUUACAAACUUUUUUACAAACUUUAUUAAAUAAUAAUUUAGUAGUAAAUGAUCAACAAAAAAAUAAUUUAAGUAAAGAAAUUAAUUUUAAUUAA